AUGAAUGCAGGAAUUUUUGGAAAUGAAAUAGAAGUGUCACACUAUGAUAGAGACCCAAAUUGCCCUCCUGAAGACUUUGUUGAAAUCCAUGUGUCAAAUCCUCGUCUCUACGAAGAAAGCACGUUCUCUAAAUAUACAGUUUAUAUGGUUCAUGGAAUUGAUAUUGAAGGAAGGUUUGAAUCAUACAGAAGGUAUAGUGAUUUCUUAGUCCUAAGAAACUUACUAACAAACCGAUGACCUGGCUGCUUGAUAGCUCCUCUGCCGCCUAAAAAGUUCAUAGGCAAUUUUUCUGAUGCCUUUAUAGAAUCAAGAAGAAAAAUGCUCAGCUACUUCCUCCGCCAACUAGUAAAGCACAAAUUUCUCUAUAAAAGUGAAGAAUUCCACUUAUUUAUCCGUGGAGCCGCAGAUUUCGAAGAAAGAAGUAACGAAAUUAGAUGAUCUAUUCAUGAUAUAGCAUACACAAAUGAGAGAAUCUGCACAUAUGAUUCUGAUCUAAAAGUUACAGAUAAAAUGCUGUUUCAGCUUAUAGAUGAUGAAAAAUUUUUGAAGCAGAGCUUAGAAAAUCUUCAAAAUUUGAAGAAAAAUGUAAAAUCGAUCUUAAGCGAAUUUAUUACUUUUCAGUCUUUGUAUUCAAACAUGAAUGAAAGAAUAAAAGAUAUUGAGUCAAGAUAUAUUGGAAAUAUGAGAGAUUUCAGAGAUGGGAUGAUUUUUCCUUUUGACAAAAUCAAAUUGGAAAAUCCUUAUAAAGAGCUGUUUGACUGGAUCCAAAGAGAAAUUUUAGAAAUAAAGUCGACUUUAGAAGCAAUCAGUAAAAAAAAUUAUUAUGAAAAUAUUAAACUGCAAAAAGAAAAACAAUUUUGUAAAAUAGCUAAAGUCAAGGAUAAAGAAAGAAUAGACAAUUCAAAUAAAAUCGUAUGUAAAAAUAGAGAUUUAGCCACUGCUAUAAGUCUUAAAAAAGAAAUUGAAGAUAUUACCAAGAUUUUGAGUAUUAUGAUAAUAAGACUUUGUGUACAAGAGUUGCCUGAUUUUAAAAAAAAUAGAGUAUCAGCAUACGAAAAGAUGAUAAAAAAAUUUUCUGAGCUUGCUUUGGCAGGCUUUCAUGAAAUAGUAAAUUUCCAAAGAAAUUCUCAAAUUCUAGGAAUAAAUGAAUAA